AGUCAGUUGGAAGGAAACCGUGCUCGUGAUCAGACAUAAAGUUAAGCCACCUUCUUGGAAAUUUAAAAAAUCGUAACCCAUAUAUUGGACAUAAAAAGAGGUGACAUUUUACAAAUUGUGCAAUAAAUGAGAUUAUUCUGGGAAUUUAAAGCCAUAAUUUGAUUUGGAUAUACUUAAAAUAAGAUUAUUGAGAAGGAAGAAAAAAGAAAUUUUAAGUGUGAAAGUUGAGAGAGAAAAAAAAUUAAUUUCUUAUAAGCAGAAAGUCACAAAAAAUAAGCAAGCAAGCAGCAGUAAAGAGAAAAGAAAGAAAAAUGAAAAUGUGGUUGUGAUCGUUUGGAUAUCUUUGGCUCAUGCCAAUGUAUUGCAUAUAGCAGAGCAAUAAAAGAAAAUAAUAAGUAUUUAUACUUUUGUGAAAGGUUUUUAUUUCAAUCACAUUAUUACGACAAACAAACGACAUCCAGCUCAAAGAGUGAAGAACAAACAUUAUAUUUCGCGUGAGAGAUACAUCAACGAGGAGUAUAGAGGAAUAUCAUAACAAAAAUUAAUAGCUUAAUAACAACAAAAAAAUUGCGCGAAUAAGGAAAAAAAGACGGUGACAAAUACAAGAUAAACGAUGUCUGCAAUCAGACAUCGGCCGCUUCAGGCAGGACCUGGCGGUGAGAGCGAUGAUGGAAAUUUUUCGGAUGAUGAGAGCACACCACUCACCCACGAUAUUUAUGGUGGCAGUACGCGUACAGUCCAAGAAACAAAAGGAUGGGAUGUGUUUCGAGAUCCACCGAUCAAAAUCGAUUCCGGUUCAAUGGCCAAUCAGGCAUGCAUGGAAAUAACGGCGAAAAUACUUAAAAUUGUCGCUUAUGUAAUAACAUUUAUACUUGUUCUAUGUGGAGGCGUUAUUGCAAAAGGCUGUGUACUUUUUAUGUCUGCUCAAUUAAAGCGCGAUAGAAAAAUUCAAUAUUGUAAUAAAGAUUUGGCGCGCGAUAAGCAAUUUAUAGCAAUUUUACCCGAAGAGGAACGAGUCGCGUGGAUGUGGGCAGUAAUAAUUGCAUUUGCUGUGCCUGAAAUUGGUGCAUUUAUCAGAUCUGCUCGUAUAUGUUUCUUCAAAUCAUGGAAAUUACCACAAAAGUCACAUUUUCUGUUCAUAUUUCUCAUGGAGACGUUCCAUGCUGCCGGAUUAGUUCUGCUUCUUUUUGUUGUUCUUCCAGAACUCGACUCUGUUAAAGGUGCAAUGUUGACGAACUGUGUAUGUGUCAUACCCGGUAUUCUUGGCCUUUUAUCUCGCACAUCAAAGGAAGGUAAACGAGCUGCAAAAGUAUUAGUGGAUUUAGCAGCUGUUGCUGGACAAGUUACAAGUUUUGUUGUAUGGCCAUUACUUGAAGAUCGUCCCGUAUUAUGGAUGAUACCUGUCUCAUGUGUAAUGAUUUCAUGUGGAUGGUGGGAGAAUUAUGUAUCCAUACAAAGUCCAUUCUCGAUGGUUCGUGCAUUGGGACGUGUAAAGGAAGACUUAAGAUAUACAAGAUACUUUGCUUACAUGUUCUUGUCUGUAUGGAAGAUCAUGAUCUUUGUCUUUACUAUUAUUGUACUACAAUGGUUUGAGGGUGAUGACCCAACAAACAUCUUCAGUCUAUUUAGUAAAGGCUUCGGUCCACACAAGAUUGUUGUUGAAGAAUUAACAACGUCCUUCGGCAAGUCACUUCCUGAUCUUAUUGAUCCAUCACAAAUUGGAGAUAUUAUACAGAUUGAUGCAUCAUACAACACAGUUAUUCAUGUGCUCAUAAUUCAAAUUCUUGCUGCUUAUGUUUGCUACAUAUUCGGAAAGUUUGCAUGUAAAAUCUUAAUUCAGGGCUUCAGUUAUGCAUUUCCAGUUAAUCUAACAAUUCCAAUUUCAAUAUCAUUGUUAAUCGCUGCAUGUGGUAUUCGUAGCAGUGAUCCAUGCUUCUAUCACGGAACCAUACCCGAUUAUUUGUUUUUCGAAAGUCCACCCGUUUUCAAACUCAGCGAUUUAGCAUCUAAGCAAAUGGCGUGGGCAUGGCUCUUAUGGUUAUUCUCGCAAUUUUGGAUUACACUACACAUAUGGAUGCCAAAAUGUGAGCGUUUAGCAACAACGGAAAAAUUGUUUGUAUCACCUAUGUACAAUGCUAUUUUAAUCGACCAGUCUAUGGCACUUAAUCGUCGACGUGACGAUCAAGCUGAUGUAAAAACUGAGGAUCUUGCAGAAAUUGAGAAAGAAAAAGGCGAUGAAUAUUAUGAGACAAUAUCUGUCCACACAGAUGGGUCUGCAAUGCCUAAAUCAAAUGUCAAAUCGAGUGAUCAUAUUACGAGAAUUUAUGCUUGUGCAACUAUGUGGCAUGAGACAAAAGAUGAGAUGAUAGAGUUCUUAAAGUCUAUCUUGCGACUUGAUGAAGAUCAAUGUGCACGUCGUGUGGCUCAAAAAUAUUUGAGAAUUGUCGAUCCUGAUUAUUAUGAAUUUGAAACUCACAUUUUCUUCGAUGAUGCUUUUGAAAUUUCUGACCACAGUGAUGAUGAUAUUCAAGUUAAUCGAUUCGUUAAGCUUCUCGUCACAACUCUCGAUGAAGCCGCGUCAGACGUCCAUCAAACGCAAAUUCGCUUAAGAGCACCGAAGAAAUAUCCAGCUCCAUAUGGUGGACGACUUGUAUGGACAUUACCUGGAAAGACAAAGAUGAUUGCCCAUUUGAAAGAUAAGGACCGUAUUAGGCAUCGUAAGCGAUGGUCACAAGUUAUGUAUAUGUACUAUUUGCUUGGUCAUCGAUUAAUAGAAUUGCCAAUCAGUGUUGACAGAAAAGAUUGUAUUGCUGAAAAUACUUACCUUUUGACACUUGACGGUGACAUUGAUUUCCAACCUAGUGCUGUAACACUUCUUGUUGAUUUGAUGAAAAAGAAUAAAAACCUGGGAGCUGCUUGUGGACGUAUUCAUCCUGUUGGAUCAGGUCCAAUGGUGUGGUAUCAAAAAUUCGAAUAUGCUAUUGGUCAUUGGCUGCAAAAAGCUACUGAACAUAUGAUUGGAUGUGUACUCUGUUCGCCUGGAUGUUUCUCACUUUUCCGUGGUAAAGCUUUGAUGGAUGAUAAUGUCAUGAAGAAAUACACAACAAGAUCUGAUGAAGCUCGUCAUUACGUACAAUACGAUCAGGGAGAAGAUCGUUGGUUAUGUACAUUAUUGCUACAAAGAGGAUAUCGUGUCGAAUACUCAGCUGCUUCAGAUGCCUAUACUCAUUGUCCAGAAGGAUUUAAUGAGUUCUACAAUCAACGUCGUCGUUGGGUACCGUCUACGAUUGCUAACAUUAUGGACUUGCUUGUUGAUUAUAAAAGAACAAUUGAGGUCAAUGACAACAUUUCAUUGCUGUAUAUAUUUUAUCAAAUGUUGUUGAUGGGCGGUACAAUCCUCGGUCCUGGUACGAUAUUUCUUAUGUUGGUGGGGGCUUUCGUCGCUGCUUUUCGUAUUGACAAUUGGACUUCAUUCUACUACAACAUUAUUCCUAUAUUCUUGUUCAUGUUCGUCUGUUUCACAUGCAAAUCAAAUAUCCAAUUACUUCUGGCACAAAUUCUAUCAACAUUAUAUGCGCUUAUUAUGAUGGCUGUAAUUGUCGGUACUGCGUUACAGUUAGGCGAGGACGGUAUUGGAAGUCCAUCAGCUAUUUUCUUGAUGUCUAUGGUGGGGUCGUUCUUUAUAGCGGCGUGUCUGCAUCCUCAAGAGUUUUGGUGUAUAGCAGCCGGUAUCAUUUAUUUACUUUCCAUUCCAUCUAUGUACUUGCUCUUGAUUCUCUACUCAAUCAUCAACCUGAAUGUCGUCUCAUGGGGAACACGUGAAGUCGUCGCUAAGAAAACAAAGAAAGAACUUGAACAAGAAAAGAAAGAGGCAGAAGAGGUGCAAAAGCAAGCCAAACAAAAAUCACUUCUCGGAUUUCUUCAAGGCGGUGUUGGUUCUAGUAAUGAUGAAGAAGGUUCUAUCGACAUUUCAGUUGCUGGCUUAUUCAGGCUUCUUUUAUGUACACAUGGAAAGACGAGUGAUGAAAAGGCACAAUUGAUUCAUAUUGCUGAGUCAUUGGAUACAAUGAAGAAGAAGAUUGAUAGCAUUGAGAGACAUAUUGAUCCUCAUGUUGGUCAUCAUGGAAGGAGGAGAACUGCAUCAACUGGAUCAAAAGAUCAUCAUUUAGGAUCUGUUGCUGAGGUUGCUUCCGAAGAGGAUAGCAGCAGUAAUGAAGAUUCAGAAUCGGACACAUCAACAGCACCACAAAAUGAAAGAGAUUUUCUUACAAAUCCAUACUGGAUUGAAGAUGCGGAGUUGAAAAAGGGUGAAGUUGAUUUCCUGUCGAGUGCUGAAGUACAGUUCUGGAAGGAUUUGAUUGAUAAAUAUUUAUAUCCAAUUGAUCAAGAUAAGGCAGAACAGGCACGUAUUGCUCACGACUUAAAAGAUUUGAGAAAUUCCUCAGUCUUUGGAUUUUUCAUGAUUAAUGCCCUCUUUGUCCUCAUUGUGUUCUUGUUGCAAUUAAACAAGGAUAAUUUACAUGUUAAAUGGCCCAUCUCUGCUCGUAUUAAUGUUACCUAUGAUGAAGUCACCCAAGAGGUUCAUAUCUCGAAAGAAUAUCUUCAACUUGAACCAAUCGGUUUGGUCUUUGUGUUCUUCUUUGCAUUGAUUUUGAUUAUUCAGUUUACUGCUAUGUUGUUCCAUCGUUUUGGAACUAUAUCGCACAUUUUGGCAUCAACUGAAUUGAACUUAACAUGCAACAAGAAGAGCGAGGAAUUGUCACAAGAUGCUCUGAUAGAUAAGCACGCGGUAGAAAUUGUCAAAAAUCUACAACGACUGCAAGGUAUCGAUGGCGAUUAUGAUAAUGAUUCGGGAAGUGGACCGGAUCGAAUAGCACGUCGAAAAACAAUUCAGAAUCUCGAAAAGGCACGACAACCACGUCGACAAAUUGGCACGCUUGAUGUGGCCUUUAAGAAACGUUUCCUUAAAUUGACAGCUGCCAAUGAGGAGAAUAAUGUAGGAACUCCAAUUUUGACAAGACGUAUGACAAUGAGAGCUGAAACAAUUAGAGCAUUGGAGGUUCGAAAGAACUCUGUUAUGGCUGAGAAGAGGAAAUCUCAGAUGCAAACUUUAGGAGCUAAUAAUGAAUAUGGAAUUACAGGAAAUCAUAAUAACAAUCUCCAACUGCCAAGUCGUCCAGUACGUAGUUCAAAUGCCGGCAUGAGUGUUAAGGAACUCUUCAACGCAAAUGGCGCUGCAAAUCAUACAAUUUAUGGCGCAACAGGUGCUGUAAAUCAAGCCUAUGAGCAUGUAGAAGAAGAAGAUGGAAAUUCAAUACGAUUAACACCUAGAAAUCAAUCGUCAUGGGCCACGAAUUCGUCAAGUACUCAACGACUGUAGGAAAUUAAAUUAUAAAUAGCAAUUAUACUCAAAUUUAAAAAAAAAAUGAAAUGAAAUUAAUCAUGUGAUUCAAUUUUAAAUAAGAUAAUUAAAAAUUUUCAAAGAGAAAUUAAUGUUGAAAUUUCAACUACAACAUAAUUUAGUCAUUGCAAACUGCCGUCCAUCAAAUAAAUGAAAUUUUAUAUAUAUAUUAAAUGUUUUAUUGAUAUUAAGAAAUACUCAAAUGAUUUUUGUAAAGAAAUAAUCGAUUGAAUUCAGGGCUGAUGAUUGAUAUUGUCUUGAAUUACGGGAUUGGAGUUGACAGAUCUAUAGAUCCUUAGUUUGUUGUCAAGAGAUUAUAGAUUAUGCUACAAUUUAUGUAAGAAAUUUGAGUACUGAAUUUAAAGAUAUUUAGUGCCUUAAAUUAGCUUAGCAGCUUAAAUUUAUUAUUUAAAAAAAUUCUAUCGUUUUUGAGCUUUUUUAGUUCAAAUAGUUUAUAGAGCUAGUACCUUCGCACCUACUCAAUUUAUGGUAUGAAAAAUUAUGUCGUAUACGUACUUAAAUGUUAAGAAAACUUAAACUUUCUUUUAAAAUGUAACUACAGUAAUGCACUUUCGGACCCAAAUUUUUCCGCUUUUAGAUUUAUCUGACCGAUGUCUGCUUAUUUUCUUAAAAAAUUUCCAAUUUAAAUUUUAAGUAGCAUUUUUUAUUUCAAAAUUGCAUUAGAAAUUGUAAGUCUUUUAAACCCAUGAAAUUAAUGUGUGCAAGAUCCAAUUUGAAUUAGGAAUCGAAGUCAAACAUUUCAUAAGAUUUCUUACCUAAACCAUCCGUAGCUGAUUCUUUAAGUCACUCUGGAUACUAUCCAUAUUAUUUUACUCAAUAAAUCUACAAAUACUCCAAAACAGCAUUAAAUUAAGACCCACUCGAUCACCAGCUCUGGCAACCACAUGCAAAUAAUUCAUCCGCACAUAUUGUUGUAAGCAGAAAGUCUGAUAAAAUUUCUUUUUUUUAUAAAUGUUAAUGUCAUAACGUAAUUAUGCGCUGCCGUCAAAUCUUUCAAGCUUUUUAUCUCAUUUAUGUGAUUUUUUUUCGACAGUAAGAGUUGAUUAUUGAUGAAAGAUGACUCCUGAUUAGUAACUUAUCUAAAAGCAUGAAUUUUGUUGACAUGCUGUCUGUUGACUACAUGAAAAUUAAAUAAUCAAAUUAUUGAAUCUCAUUCCAAAUCUACUGUCAAAAAAAUCACUUCCACAGCUUUUGUAGAAAUUUUUUUUAAAAAAAUAAUUUUCCUGCCAUUUUUUUACGUAAAGAAAUUUUUUAUUUUUCACAUUUAUUUUACUAUGCAAACUUUAUUGUAAUUAUUAUUGAAAAGAAAUAAAUCGACAAGAACUUAAGAAAUUUGUAAAAUAAGAAGAAAUAAAGAGGAAGAAAUUUAGACAAAAUUAAUAUUUUUUUUUCAUUUUAGCCAUAAUAAUAGCUUAUUAAGUCAAACCUAGAACAUCCUUCACCCACCUUAACCAGUACCUCAUUAAAACUAAUCUGACUACGCUCUUAUUCCAAUCCAAAUGGCCAAUAAGACAGCAAAAAUACUAAGUUUUAAUGUUGAUCCACUAUCUGGAGUUGUUGUUGGAAUUUCUGUUGAUGAAGAUGACAGUGCAGUUGUAGAAUCUGUUGUUGUUGUAGGAGGAGUAGGAGUAGUUAUAUCAAAUUCUCUUUCAAGUAGCUUAACAACCAAACUCAACUGUUUAGAGUUAAGUGGCAGUUCCUGAUCGCUUAAACGUUGACUUGUGACCUUAACAGCUUCAUCAGUAUCUCCUUUAACCAAACCUGUGUAAUUUAAAUUCUGAAUAUAUUCCAAGAAUCGGAAUCGGUCAGAUUCAGUGUAGACAGAACUGGCAAUAUUCUUCAAAAUGUCAGCCCACGACCAGCCAUAGCUUGUUGGUAAUUCGUUUCUGGAAUAUUUUUGAAUAAGUUUAAAGGCUGUGGACAUUCCAUUUAGAUUUUUGAGUGCGCCAUUAAAGACUGCUCGUUUUUCAGACUGAGUGUAAUUUACGUUAUUGCUAUUUGUACCGAGCGAAGUUUCAAGGAAUGCAUACAAAUAAUCAGAAUUCUUCGUGCAAGUCAAAGCAUUGAUCAGUCUUGAUUUAUAUCGUGAUUCCGAUGGUUGAUAAAGUUUGUUCAUUCUGUUGUAAAUAUUGAUGAAUUCAUCUUGAUCCUCUGUGUGCCUAAAAUAGUUGCAUAGAAUUUCUUCUUCCAAGCCUGGUGGGAUUCUUUGUUCUCCUUUUACAUCCUUGGCACCAAACUUGAUUGCAUCUCUAAUACAAUCUUGAUUUCCAGAAUUACAAGCUAUAGCAUUAGCUAAUUGUCUUUCAUAACGAACUGGAACUUCUUCUUUUGGAAUUGUUUCUUUGUCGGACAACUCAUAAUGAUUGUAG